AUGGAGAUUAACCCCGCAGUCACUUUUAAGCACGACCGUUCGAUUAUGUACGCCAAACGACCCAAAGUCCUUAUUGUCGGUGCAGGUCUGGCUGGACUCACCCUCGGCAUGCUCUUGCACAAGGCCGGGAUCCCUUUCGAGAUCUACGAGCGUGCCGCAAAAGUCAAACCCCUCGGUUCGGCGAUGUACUUCAGCAGCACCACCGCUAACAUCUUUAGGCAGUGCGGUAUUUAUGAAGAGUUUGUCUCCCUUGGCAAAUACGUCUCUUCUAUCAAGAUGUACGGUGCCAACGGAUACAUUGUUUCUCGACCUCUGAUUUAUGACCUAAUCCUCCGCCAGAUUCCGGAGGAGCAUGUUCACUUGGGAAAGAAGGUCCUCACCAUGCAGCAAGGCGGCAACGGCGUCCUUAUUCGCUUCAGCGACGGUAGUGAAGCUGAAGGUGACAUCCUCGUCGGAGCCGACGGAGCCUACAGUGCUGUUCGUCAAGGGAUGUACGAAAAACUGAAGAAGACGAACAAGCUCCCAGCAUCUGAUUCCCUCCCACUUCCCUUCAGCACAGUCUGCCUUCUCGGUCAAACUCGCCCUCUUUCUGCUGAAGAGUUCCCUGAUCUAACAAUCGACAAGUCCCAGUUCUGCAACUUUAUCGCAACUGACAAGAUGUACACGUGGUCCACAUCAACAACUGCCCAGAAUACCGUGUGUUGGGCUGCCAUUCUCUUCCUUGACGAAGAAACCAGCAAGGAUAAUGACUCUUUCCGUAACUCGGAGUGGGGCCAAGAGGCUGCUGCAGCGAUGUGUGAGCAAGUCAAGGAUUUUCCUGUCACCAGUGGAGGCGACAAGAUCCUCACUCUUCAAGACUUGAUUGAUCGUUCUCCCAAGGAGUUGAUCUCCAAGGUCAUGCUGGAGGAGAAGGUCUUCAAGACCUGGUUCGACUGUCGCACGGUUCUCAUUGGCGAUGCAUGCCACAAGUUCAACCCUGCUGGAGGAGUGGGUGCUGCCAAUGCCAUUCAUGAUGCCAUAGCGUUGGCGAACGGCAUCAAUGGACUUCCCUUCCACCCUGUUGCUGAUGAGAUUGAAGCUGCAUUCAGGGCCUACAAGAAGGAGCGCAUCGACUGGGUCGAGAAGGCAUUCGAUCACAGCAAGGUCUUCAGGACCAUGGCAGGCCAGUCUGUCUCGUCCAAGGUCACUCGGUAUUUUGUGAAGAAUACGCCUCCAUGGGUCAUGCAUAAGGUUGAGCGUCGCCAAAAUACCCAUCGCCCUCAGGCCGCCUUUUUGCCUCCAGCUGAGGACAAGGGUAUUGUUAGGCCUGCUCCACAGCCUAGUUUGUCUAUCAAGGCUCCUGAGGAGACCGAAGAAUCGAAAGCAACCCAAAUUGUCAACCACAGCUCAUCUCAAUCAGUACCCGGCCGUCCCAAGGCCCCUAUCAUCGGAGCGGGGCUGGCUGGACUCACCCCCGGGAUGCACCUGCACAAGGCCGGCAUCCCCUUUGAGAUCUACGAACGAGCUACUAUUGUUAAGCCCCUCGGAGGCAGCGAUGGCGAUGUGCAAGGAGGUCAAGGAUUUCCUAUCAUUGGAGGAGGCAACAGGAAACUGAAGCUUAAGGAUUUGAUGGAUUUGGCGCCUAACGGUCAGAUCUCGAAGGUCAUGCUCGAGGAAAAGGAUUUUGGGGCCUGGUACAGCGGAUUGACAGUUCUUCUUAACCCUGUUGGGGGUGUUGGAGCCGCUAACGCUAUGCACGAUGUCAUCGAACUGGCCUGCCGUAUCAACGGUCUCCCAUUGCACUCCACCGUCAACGAUAUCGAGGACGCUUUCAAGGCCUACAAAAGCGAGCGCAUUGGUUGGAGCGCAAUGGUUGGGUUACCAAGGCUUUCGAGAACAGCAAGGUUUUCGGACCAUGGUCGGCCAGGUGAAAUCUUUCCCCAGUGA